UCGGCUUUAGGAGUGCCUUUCCCAAGCUACUCAAACGGCCUGUGAAUUCGCCUACUGUCAGUUGGGUCUUUCAACGCAAAAUGACAGACAACGGACUCACAGAUGAGGCUGUGUCCGCAGCGUGCAAAGAAGGGGACCCUAUCACCCAGGACUACAUGAUGCAGCAGACCAUGCUGAGGGUAAAAGACCCUCUCAAGUCUUUAGACUUCUACACCCGCAUCAUGGGCAUGACGUUGCUGCAGAAGAUAGACUUCCCAUCAAUGCUCUUCACACUCUACUUCCUGGGUUAUGAGGAAAAGAAGGAGAUCCCUGCAGAUGUAAAGGAGAGGACAGCAUGGACUUUCUCUCGACGAGCCACCAUCGAACUCACACACAACUGGGGCUCUGAGUCAGAUGAAAAAUUGUCUCUUCACAACGGAAACUCUGAACCAAGGGGUUUUGGGCACAUUGGCAUUGCUGUACCUGAUGUUUAUGCAGCCUGCAAAGUAUUUGAAGAACAAGGAGUAACAUUUGUUAAGAAACCAGAUGAUGGUAAAAUGAAGGGAUUGGCCUUCAUACAGGAUCCUGAUGGAUACUGGAUUGAGAUUUUGAGCCCAAACAACAUGUUCUCCUUAACAUCAUAGGGAGGCAAACUGAGCCAGCACAAACUGACUGGGUUUGGGAAAAGGAUGUAAUUAAAAAAUAAGAGCGAAAUUGAAUGAGGUAACAAAGGGGGUUACGUGAGGAAAUUAAGAAGUGAAGAUGAAGUGUUUGCUUACGAUUGGAAUCACAUACAGGUUCCCGCUGUACUGUGGACACCCAAGACAAAGGAUGGAAUAGCCGUAAUAUACAGAGACAACACUGUUGGAGCUAGGAACACAAGCAUUUCGCUACACCCGCAAUAACAUCUGGUAAAAAUGUGUAUGUGACCAAU